GAGAAUAUGGCCAUCAACAUGAAAUCAGCAAAGAAAGUAUUUGUUAUAUUGGGAAAAGUAGUGUUUUAUACUCUGGAAUCAAUUAUUUUUGCUUUAAUUCCAAAACCCCAUAAGAACGUUGCUGGAGAAAUUGUACUUAUAACAGGCAGUGGGAGUGGACUCGGAAGGCUCUUAGCCUUGAAAUUUGCCAGUCUAGGAUCUGUGGUUGUUCUCUGGGAUAUCAACAAAGAAGGGAAUGAGGAAACAUGCAAGAUGGUCCAGGAAGCUGGAGCCACAAGAGUUUAUGCCUACACCUGUGAUUGUAGUCAAAAGGAAGAAGUAUAUAGAGUGGCUGAUCAGGUUAAAAAAGAAGUUGGAGAUGUGUCCAUCCUCAUCAAUAAUGCUGGAAUUGUAACAGGCAAAAAUUUCCUUGACUGCCCAGAUGAGCUUAUGGAAAAGUCUUUUGAUGUGAAUUUCAAAGCACAUUUAUGGACUUAUAAAGCCUUUCUACCUGCUAUGAUCGCUAAUGACCAUGGUCAUUUGGUUUGUAUUUCAAGUUCAGCUGGAUUAGUUGGCAUAAAUGGACUGGCAGAUUAUUGUGCAAGUAAGUUUGCAGCUUUGGGAUUUGCUGAAUCUGUAUUCUUGGAAACAUAUGCCCAGAAACAAAAAGGGAUCAAAACCACUAUUGUGUGCCCAUUUUUUAUAAAAACUGGAAUGUUUGAUGGUUGUACUACUGGCUGUCCUUUACUGUUACCUAUUCUGGAACCAGAAUAUGCAGUCAGGAAGAUAGUAGAGGCAAUUCUGCAAGAAAAAACCUACUUAUAUAUCCCACGGGUGUUAUACUUCUUGAUGUUUUUAAAAAGUGUCUUGCCCAUCAAGUUGGCAAUACUUAUAGCUGAAAACUUUGGUGUCCUCAAUGCAAUGGAUGGCUUCCUCGGCAAAAAGAAAAAACACUGA